CGAACCCGAAGCAGCAUCAAGAGCAGAAAUCAGCCAAACGGACGCAUAGUCAGAGAACUGCUGAGUCGAGGAAACAGCUGAAUGAUGAGUGCUGCUCAGAGUCCGACAACACUGGAGUCCAAACUGGAGGCCCUGCAGUGCCACUUCACCUGGGAUCUGGACCCUGGCAGGUCCAAACUUGUACGACUCAGGGACAAGUUGGAAGACAUCGGCACCAAGGAGGGAAACAGCUGGCUGGGUCACAUUUACAACCUGCGGGGGUUCAUUCAGUACAAGCUGGAGUUCACCGAAGAUGCCCAGAGUUUGUUCAGCAGGGCUGCAGAGGCCUUCCGCCAGAUGAGAAACACAGAUGAGGGCCCCUGGUUAGUGGUGAACUACGGGAACCUGGCUUGGCUGCACCACCACCUGGGAGAACAAGCAGAGAGUCAGGCUUACCUGUCGAAGGUCGACGCCCUGAUGAAUAAAUACCCAUCUCCAUCCCAGGAUGAGCUCCAUCCGGAGAUCUACGCGGAAAAAGCCUGGACCCUGAUGAAGUUCAGCGCAGACAAAAAGCUGCUGGCUGCAGAUUACUUCGAGAGAGCCAUCAGGAUGCAGCCAUACGUGGUGGAGUGGCGUAACAGCCAAGUCAUAGGGUUAGUGAAUGCUUUUAAACACAUCAGAACAAGGCUUGGCCCUCUGAGGACAGGGCCCUCUGAGAUGCCCUUCCAGUGGAGAAAACGCCUAUAUGGCACUGCAUCCUUGUGCUUUUUCGCCCCUGCCCCUAAACCUGCCCUUGCCCCUACACCUGCACCGAUACCUGCCCAUGCACCUGCACCUGCCCUUGCACAUGCACCUGCCUCUGCCCCUGCCCCCUUCCCUUGCCCUUGCCCCUGA